CUACUUGGCCCUUUUCCCAUAUUUCAAUAAUGAAGAUAGGUGGACCUUGUUACUUUUCAUUGAGGGGAAAACAAGGAGAGAGAAACCACAGUCGACAUCAGCCGCAAGAGUUGGGCAGAGAAGAUGAAAAGCUUCCCACCUUGAAGCCCGAAAGCGAUUUGAACUUUCAGUAGUGAUAGAUCAUAAGGAGAUUCCACUGUUCACUGGCUCUGCGGAUAUACAUAUGUUUUAUUUUAUACUCCGUAAUAUUUCAUAUUUCCCUGGGGUGCACAUGAAGGCCGGAUAUAAUUAAUUAAUACUGCCGAAGAUGGAGAUUUCUUCUCAUGAAUCACUGACGGCUAAUGGAGGAUUGGGUGAUUCGUCAGGUCUCCAGAUCAUCAAGCACCCAUUGUACCAAACCUGCAACAAACAAUCUCUUUCUUGGCUCGAUAUUAGAGUUUUCUAUAUCAGAUUCAGCAAUUUCAUGGUAGAUGAUUCAAGAACCCCAGAGAGUCUAGCCGUCAAACAUAUACCUCUAAGCCCAGAUACACUCCUUGAAGUUAACGGUGCCAGGUGGUGUUCAAAUUACAGUUCAAUGCACCCGGAAGGAGGAUCUUGCAUUUUGAGAAGGGACCGUGUGGACAAGAAAUCCGAAGAAGCUACAUUUGUGAGCACAGACAGUGUGAGAUUGACCGGGAGUGUGAAAUUCGAGGUUUUUGAUGGAGAUAAUGAUCUUUUGCUUUUUGGGGUUUUGGAGGUAAAUGGUGGAGAAUCGAAGAAUAGCAUGAGGAAAUGGAGAAUGAGUUGUGAAGCUGCGGUGGACUUAGGGUGUGGAUUUUUUAAAGGAAAACAGAUCAAUGGUUGUGAUUCGCCACCUCCAACAACAAUUGAAGUUUAUGUGGCUGGGUGUUUCUCUGGGACGCCAAUCAUCUUAACCAAAAGUUUGCAGCUUUGUAAUAAUAACAGGAAGAAGCAUCAUAGGAAUGGGAUGUUAGGCUCCAUUCCAGAAAAUGGAAUGUAUGGUGCACAAAGAGAUGAUAUCUCUUCUUCAGGACUUAAUCAUGUCCAGGUAAGUGAAUACGACAGACGCUAUAAACCAGAAAGUGAAGAGGACUACAACAAUGCAUACUGGCGACACUCACCAGAAUAUUUGGAUGGAGAAGAUGGGGAACUGUCUUGGUUUAAUGCAGGGGUGAGAGUAGGAGUUGGAAUUGGCCUUGGAAUUUGUGUCGGAGUUGGCAUUGGGGUUGGUUUACUUGUCCGCAGUUAUCACUCCACAGCUAGGAACUUCAGAAGGCGGUUUAUAUGAGUGAGUUGCUAACAUAUGCCUCACUUUCUGUAGUUUUUUUUACUUGGUAGAUGUUUUCCUUGGGCUAACCUUUCAUUUUUCCUAUAAGAGAGUUCUUGUGUCUUUUGUUGUAACUUUACACCCAGUUUUUUGUUCUGUUUGGACUUAUUUCAGUGGGGUGGUUUCUUGUACCAAGGCAAUUCUGAAAUUACAUGCAUGGUGAUGUUUAUAGUUAAAAACUUGUUUGGCUUCU